AUGCCUUCUCGUGAUCCUUUACCACCCAAAGAAAAUUCUCUUUUUAAAAGAGUUUUGAAAUGUUAUGAGCAAAAACAGUUUAGGAAUGGGUUGAAGUUUGCAAAACAAAUUUUGUCAAAUCCUAAAUGUGCCGAACAUGGAGAAACACUGGCCAUGAAAGGUUUAACGUUAAACUGUUUAAACAGAAAAGAAGAAGCAUAUGAAUAUGUGAGAAGGGGUUUAAGAAAUGACCUCCAGUCUCAUGUAUGUUGGCAUGUUUAUGGUUUAUUGCAGAGGUCUGACAAAAAAUAUGAUGAAGCCAUAAAAUGUUAUAGAAAUGCUCUUAAAUGGGAAAAAGAUAACAUUCAAAUUUUAAGGGAUUUAAGUCUGUUACAAAUACAAAUGAGAGAUUUAGAAGGAUACAAAGAUACACGAUAUCAAUUGUUCAUGUUGAGACCAACACAACGUGCCUCUUGGAUUGGUUUUGCAAUGGCUUAUCACCUUAUAGGAGAGUAUGACAUGGCUUUAAAAAUAUUAGAAGCUUUCAGAAAAACUCAAGUGAAGUCAUCUUAUGAUUAUGAGCACAGUGAGUUGCUGCUUUACCAAAAUAUGGUUAUUCAAGAAUCAAUCACUGUAAAUAGUAAUGCAUUUGAAGAUGCAAUGGAACAUUUGGACAAAUACAAUUCACAAAUUUGUGAUAAACUAUCUGUAAAAGAAAAUUUAGGUAAAUUAUAUCUUCUCCUUAAACAAAAUAAGGAAGCUGUAAAAAUAUAUGAAGAAUUAUUAGAUAGAAAUCAAGAAAAUGUUUUUUACUACGGUCAAUUAUUGGAAGCUCGUGAGUUGAAAACUGUAUCCGAAAAGGUAGAAUUAUUCAAAACGUAUCAGGAAAAAUUUCCUAAAGCAUUGGCCCCUAGAAGAUUGCCUCUUAAUUUUGUAUCAGGAGAAGAGUUUAGAAUAAUGAUUGAUAAAUAUUUAAGACAAGGACUGCACAAAGGUGUUCCUCCUCUUUUUGUAGACCUUAGAUCUUUGUACAAAAGCAACGAAAAGGUUGUUAUUAUUGAAAAUUUAUUAUUAUCUUAUGUAGAAUCUCUUAUGGCAAAUCGUCGAUUUAGUUUAUCUGAUACUGGGGAUGAAGAACCAGCCUCAGCUUUACUAUGGACUUAUUAUUUUUUGGCUCAGCAUUUUGAUUAUUUAGGAUGUUCUCAAAAAGCUUUGGAGUACAUUAAUUUAGCUAUAUAUCACACUCCAACGUUAAUCGAACUUUUUGUUACUAAAGGAAAAAUAUAUAAGCAUGCGGGUAACGUAAUUGAAGCAUACAAAUGGUUAGAUGAAGCCCAAAGUUUGGACACUGCAGAUAGGUACAUUAAUUCCAAAUGUGCAAAAUAUAUGCUGCGUGCUAAUUUGGUGAAAGAGGCAGAAGAAACUUGUUCAAAAUUCACUAGAGAAGGAGUUUCAGCUAUGGAAAAUUUAAACGAAAUGCAAUGCAUGUGGUUUCAAACUGAAUGUGCCUUGGCCUACCAAAGACUUGGUAAAAAUGGUGAAGCUCUCAAGAAGUGCCAUGAAGUAGAUAGGCAUUUCUCAGAAAUAAUAGAAGAUCAAUUUGAUUUUCACACUUACUGUAUGAGGAAAAUGACUCUAAGGUCGUAUGUUGGUUUAUUAAAAUUAGAAGAUAUAUUAAGAAGUCAUCCUUUUUACUUUAAAGCUGCCAAAUGUGCAAUUGAAGUGUAUCUAAAACUUUACGACAAACCAUUAAAAGAUGAAACUUUGGAGGAGGAAAUAAAUACCGAAAAUUUAGCACCAUCAGAAUUAAAAAAAAUUCGAAAUAAAUUAAGAAAACAGAGAGCGAAGGAAGAUUUAGAAAGGAAGCAGGCUCAAGAAAAACAAGAAAAAAAAGAACUUCACAAUAAGUCUAGACAACAAGUUGCUGGUGACGCCGAACCAGAUGCUCCCAAACAAGACGAACUCAUACCCGAAAGGUUGAUACGCGUCGAAGAUCCUCUCGAGCAAGCCAUAAAAUUUUUACAACCCCUUCAAAAUUUGGCUUCGGAAAGGAUUCAAACUCAUUUAAUGGCUUUCGAAAUAUAUUAUAGAAAAGGAAAGGCUUUAUUAAUGCUUCAAUCCAUCAGAAGAGCUCACAAAGUAGAACCGGAUAAUCCUCUUCUUCACACUUGCAUAAUUAGGUAUAAACUGUAUUUAGAGAGUCAUUCAUCAAAAUUGGAGGAACCAAUUAUCACUGUUAUUGACGAGACUAUGAAACCCAUUUGGAGCAAUAAAAAUGCCAAAACAUUGAAUGCUGAAUAUCUAAAUGCUCACAAGCAUAAAAUAAGGCAUACACUUCAAGGGACCAGAAUGCUUUACUAUUUGGAACCCCAACAGCAAGAUCUUGCUAUUUCGUUGGCAACUUGUUUGGACGACGAAGUAGAAGAAGUUUCGAUAAAGAAUUGCACUGAUGUGUUAGAGGCUCUUAAAAAUGGAGAUUUCGGUCAGUGUCCGAAAGAAGUUGAAAAAUAUCGAAGUGCGUGUCAAGUUAAAUUUCCAUUAGCUUUAGCCUUUAUAGACGAUUCCACACCGGUUUCUACGUAUUCAUCAUUUAAUCACGUGACACUUCCAGGACAAGAUAACUGA